AUGAACAGCUACGAGGAAGCCAUCCUAUUCACCUUUGGCGAACUCGAGUCUCGCGUGGAUCGUCUGGAGUAUCUUUUGGGCGGUCCACACAAAGAUACAUCGGACAAGCCAAGGACGAUCCCCGAUCGCAUUCACAGAAUCGAGAGGUCACUGCAAGCACUGGCGGGGAAGACUUCACUACUUGACGAUACACAUGAGCUAGUGAGCAAACACAAAGACGUGCUCCAACCCCAAGACCACGAUGCCAAAGAUGGCCCACCCCUCGACACCAGUCAAAAGGCAGUCUUGGUCGUGGAACACGCGACGACGUUUGCGACGACAGCAUCCCAGCUCAAAGCGCUCGACGACCAGCAAAUACCCACAAGCGACGGCUUCGCCAAGCUCGCCAUGCUGCAGCCACGCAUCGCCGAAGCGGAAGCCCGCCAACUCGAACAGGCGCUCAAGAUCUCGGAACUCAGAAGGCGGCAUGGGCUCGUGAACCAGCGAUACAAACAGAUCAUGUUUGUCGGCGUUGGCCGAUGCUGGGUCGACUAUCACGAGCGACUAACCAAGGCCCUGAGGACGGUUGUGCGAGAGGAGUACAAGCGGAAGCCGGACGAAGACGAGGGCGCGGGCGAAGAUGUGGACGAAGGCGACGAGUCGGAGGAACUCUAG